AUGGCAUACCAGAGUAAACUAGAAAAGCUCAAUUAUGACUUGCUGAUCCUUCUGGCGCGGUCCGCAUUUGAAAGCAGUCCAGUUGCCACGCUUGAUGUGUCUGCUGAUAAAAGCGGCCGAGUGAGCUCUACCAACCCAAAGAAUAUUGAUGAGGAAACUCGAUACUAUAAACAAUAUUUGAAUAAACUCAAGUUUAUCUAUCUUGAACAAGAAACCAGAGAUAAAUUCUUACGCCAGUUAUUACUUGAUGAAAAUGAUUUCGCUAAUCCAAUAGACCAGACUAAGAACUUACUCGAACAAAAUGAAUCAUCAAAAGCACAAUUGAAAUCUUUGAAAAAUAACGUAAAUCAUAACGAACUUUUCGAUAACGGUGAAAAUGAAGAAGAAACACAAUCAAAGUAUGAUUUAGUAUCUUACUUUUCAAUAAGUCCCAACUUUUCAAGAAGCCGAUUCUGGUGGUUUGUAUCUCUAGGCUUUUUAGCUAUCCUUACUCUACACCUAUCCUUUUUACCAAGAACUUCUAUGAGUAGGGAUUUUAGAAGAUGGCAUGGUCUUCGUUUGACUAAAGCCGAUAUUAAACGGAGUUAUCUCGUGUUUAGUGGUUUACAUAGUAUAACUAAUGGUAAAGACCGGGUUAAUGAAGAACAAAUAUCUGACUGGCUAACUAAUUUCACUGCUAUUAACAAUCAAAGCCCAACAAAUUUGCUAACAAAUGAUAACAUCGACCUAAUUUCCUUCGUCGAGGAUAACUUUAAUAAGUUUGGUGUGGAAACACAAGCAUUUAGUUACGAUAUGCCUCAUCUUCAAAAACCUUUGGGCUCAUCUUUGAGUCUUUUGAAUAGCGCUGAUCAGUCGAUUUUAUAUAAUGCUAAACUCUUCGAACAUAAAUCUUCAACUCCGGCCUAUAAUGUGUUUGGUUUCAAUGGAAGUGUCACUGGAAUUUAUAUCUUCGUGAACGAAGCAACUACAAAAGAUUUUCAAUUACUUUUGAAAAAUAGAAUCAAUCCCGCUUCGAAACUUGUCAUUGCAAAGACUUCCAAGAUCUUGUCCGUGGCGGAACAAGUUCAAAUUUCUCAAGAGUAUGGCGCUUCAGGCUUUAUUGUUUACCAAGAUGUCUCCUCUUACAAUAAACAAGAAUUAAAAUCUUUGCAAUCAGCUUUAUCGAGAUAUUCAGUGGCUUUUCAACCCAUAAGUCAUGCUAAUAAUCUUACCCUUCCCAAAAUUCCAUCUAUCCCUAUUUCUUAUAAAGCCAUUAAACCAGUAUUGGAUUCGCUUAGUCCAUCUUCGAGCAAAGACUUUGAAAAUUGGGAUCAUUACCCAGUGACUGAAGACUCUACUCUUGAGCUUUACUUGAAUACUAUAUUUUCUAAAGAAAAGCCUAGAAAAAUCACCAAUAUUGUUGGUUCCAUAAAAGGAGUUUUAAAUGAUGGUGAUGUUGUAAUAGGUGCUUCCAGAGAUAGUAUGACUUCCUCUGACCCUUUGAGUAAUCAUGCAAUUUUAUUUGAAAUAAUGAGAGGCUUUCAAAAAUUAGUGCAGUUGGGUUGGAAACCUCUUAGAAAUAUACGUUUCAUUUCUUGGGAUGGAUCUCAUAGUGGACUCUUGGGUUCACAAUUGAGUUCCAACGACACUGAUGUCUUUAGUACGAGGAAGCCAAUACUUUGUUAUGUCAAUAUAGAUGAUGCUGCUGUCACUGGAAGUAAACUUAAAGUUGAUUCGAAUCCUUUGUUCAAUGAGUUAUUAGUAAAAACAGCUAAGUACAUACCAUUUCCUAAAUUUUCCACUCAUUAUAAAACUUUACCCAAAGAUGAUUCAGAUGGUAAUGACGACGAUGAUGAUGACGAAGAAAAAUAUUCCACAUUACAUAACUACUGGUGGAAACAAGAUAAACUAUUUAUUAAUAAUAAACUUGGAUAUCAACUUAGAGAAUCUGAUGCCAUAGUGUUUCAGAACCAUAUGAGUGCACCCAUAAUCAAUAUCAAGUUCGAAAAUGAUCCUAAACGUGAUUCAUCAGCCUAUCUUCCCAACUCGAAUUAUUAUUCUUAUGACUGGCUAACAAAGCAGGAAAUUGAUGAUGAUAUGUUGUUGCAUGGACUGUUGGUGAGAUACAUUGGAUUAAUGAUAAUUUCUUUAAGUGAACAUGAAAUUGUCGAUAUCAAGUCACAUAGCUAUUUUGAUACCAUAAAUCAAUACUUCAAGAGCCUUCUAUUGGACCACAACGAAACAUUUUCAAAAUGGAGUGAAAAGAACGUCUCUACUUAUUUAAUAAAUAAGUAUAGUAUUUAUAACGAUAUUAGAGAUCAGGAUGAAUUCGAUGAAAAUAAUCCGAUUAAAUUCAAUGAUGUCAUUCAUGCUUUUCAAAUACUUUUGAAUAACUUAUUUGAUCAAUCAAAGGUUUUUGAUGAUUACUUAUCCUCUGUACAAGACUCCUUGAUUGAGGAUUACGCUUGGUAUAAAUAUUUGAAGAAAGUUCAUAUUUACGCCAAAUUCAAAGUAGCAAACUAUAAAAUUCUCCAUUUUGAAAAGGAAUUCUUACUUAAGUCGAAAGAUUAUACUUACUUGUUUGGUGACACUGCCAAAGGCAGUGGUGAUCAAGUAGAUCCAAUCAAAUCCAAGACACUUCCUUUAUUUGAUAAACCUGAAGAACUUUGGUUUAAUCAUAUUUUCUAUGGAUUACCAGAAUUUACUCCUGACAAGGACCUGGCAUAUCUUGCCAGCCGUGGUCAGCUCAGCGUUUUCCCGUAUCUACAACAAGCUAUUUUGAAGCCUGACUAUGAACAGACUGUCAAAUGGUUGGUUGUUACUUAUGAUAAAUUGAAGAAUCUUCACCGUAAGAUUGCAUGA